GUGGCGGCCGCGGGCGCCUGGAUGCUUGCUCCCGCGGCGGGAUUGGUGGAAGUGGGCGGUGUGCUGCUCCGCCUCGGGCCCGGGAUCGUGGCGCUGGGCGUGCUGCUGGGUGAGUUUUCUUCGCGGGAGAAAUAUGGGCGAACGGGUGGGCUGACGGGACGGGACGGACACAGGACUUCUCCGCGCUUUCCCAGAGGCGCUGGUUCCGCUUGACGGGCACGGGGGUGCGAAUACGAAUGCACUCGACGGCAGCAGUAGUGGCGUUGGCGGCAGCAGCGGCGCCGACGGGUUCCCGACCAUGCGGACCCGCAGCUCGAUGCACCGGCGGCUGGCAUCAGACGACGGCUCGGCGCGGUUCCAGCGGCGCAGCAGCCCAGACGUUGAGCGGCAGCAGCCGCAGCAGCAGGCGACAAACUCCGCGGUAUUCCGCGGCGUGCUCGCGCAGCCCCACGUGCAACCUCACAUGCACCCGGGGACGAUGGUAUCAUGGAGCGGUAGUUCCGAGCCGUCGCUGCCGUCUGCGGCAGGGCUUGUGGAAACGCGCUUCCCGCCGUACGCGGGCGGCAACGCGAAGAUCUCUGGGCCGAUGCUCGGCGGCGGCGGGAUGUUCUCGUUCUCGAACGAGGGGCGCCGGGAUACGCAUACGGGCUUGCGCACUGUUUCGCUGCGCGCGGCGGCGGCGGAACAGGAGCGACAGAGAGAGGCGCGGCGGAGAGAGCGUGUGUCUAUGCAGCUUGGCCUGCCGGUGACGGAGACGCCCCCCCAGCGCGGAGGAGCAGAAGGUGCAUAUGGUGUCCGCCGCAAGCCGCUCGUCCCCGCGCCGAGUGACCGCGAAAGGGAGCGGCAAUACGUCGGCGUCGACCCGAGGACGUCCGCGUUCACCUACUCGACGGAGGACGACGACGCGACGACGCAGUACACGUGGGCGCCGGGCGGGCUAGCACCAGCGGACCAGGCGGACCAGCGGGUGCUAUUCGUCACGCGCAUCGAGUACGACGACCCGGUGCUGGUGUCAUCACUCGUUUCUCCCUCUCCCGGCGCCGCCAACCCCACUCAGGCGCACGCCACGGGCCGGUACACCGUCACGGCCACCAGCAAGGGGAUCCUGCGCCGAUCUCCGCUCCCAGAAGCUCCCGAAGACGAGAGCCCAACGCUGCCGGCGG